AUGCAGGUGACUCAGGCAAUCUUGGAAAACCUAAAAAGAAAAGGAAAAGAAGCAGAGUUAAUGAUGGCGACAAUUAAUCACACUCUGAGCCUUUGUUCUAGGAUAGAGAAAAUGAAGCAGGAAUCCAGAGAGACUGAGGAACAACUCUUGGAAAUUCAAAAAAAGAGACUUGAACUCAAGAAACUAAAUAAUGGGAAAAUGAAAGAAAUUCAAGAACUAAAGAUGAUGUGUGACCAUCCAGAGAGAGGCAAAUACAGCGAGAUUUUAAAACAAGGUCAGAAGAACCUGGACAAGUACCUGCAGAUGGUUGCAGUUGUUAAGAAUGUUUUUCAGGGCAUUAUCAUUGCCAGCAAAGUGAACUGGGCUGCAGAUUCCAAGCUGAAGGAUGUCAUUUUGGGAAUGGAGGACAACCUAAUUGUUGAAUGAAGACGUAACGUCUUCAACCACAUGUCUAUUACAUUAAAGACUUUGGUCGGGGGCAGCAACUGUAAUCUAAGGUGACACGUAAUUUGGACAGUACUGGUGCUUGUGUGACAGCUGUAACUUGUUUAUGUGAAAAGAAAUUACACCGAUGCUAGAAGAAUAUACAGGUGCCAUUUGUCCAGUUGCAGAGGCUAAAUAUGUAAAAAACCCAAAAUUUAACUAUGAACUAUGAAAUGAGUUAUCUAAAAAAACAGAAUUUUCUGAUAAUGCAUUUCUUACUUCGACCGAAUUUUAUUAACUUACCUCUACAACUUUACACAAACCAUUUUACAUGUCAUGCUUCUUAGAAACUUAGAGAAAAUGUAAUGUUUUUUUUUUUUCAGCAAGUAUAUUCAAUAUAAGAGGAGUAACUUUAUUCAUAGUCUGUUCCUCUGCACUAUGCAGUGGUGCACAACUCCUGGGAAGAAUAGUAUCUCUGGGUUCUUUUGUUUUAAACAAGCUCUUGGAUAACUGAUCUAGUCAUGGAAAACUGGACCAGUAAAAUAACGUUUAGAAGACGAACACAAAGAUAACGAAUACUCUCCCAAAAUGACUCAUCUGCUAAACUUCAUUGUUAAAAAAUAAAUAAAUUUGUAAAUCACC